AUGAGCGUCGGAACGUACAGGGAUGUCGAAGGUCUCUACCUCAGCCGCGUAUUUCACGAGAAGGCAGUCCGUUCGGCUCUGUCCUACGAACCGCAACCGGACGACGUGUUCAUCGUGUCCUACCCCAAUUGCGGCACGACAUGGAUGCAGUUCAUCGCCUACGGCAUCAUUAACAACGGCUUCUGUCCGCAAGACACGAUCAACUUCUUUAGGUCCACGCCAUUCCUCGAGCUCUUGGGCGCCGAAGAAGCCAAGGACAUGACCAGGCCGGGAGCCAUCAAGACGCACCUGCCAUUUGACAAGCAUCCCUACUCCGAACGCGCAAAGUACAUCUACGUCACCAGGAAUCCUUAUGACAGUUGCGUCUCCUUCUACUACCACACCGAGAACUUCCCGGCGUACGAGUUUGACGACGGGACCUUCGACGAGUUUUUCGACUUAUUUGUUCGAGGCAGGGUAGAUUACGGAGACUACUUCGAUCACCUUCUGUCCUGGUACGCGCAUCGGGAAGACCCUAACGUCAUGUUCGUCACUUACGAGGAUCUCAAGAAAGACUCCAAGUCGUGGAUUCUGAAGGUGGUCGACCUCAUCGGAGUAGACUACGGCAAAGUACUCAAGAACCAACCCGCAAUCUUGGAGCGAAUUGUUUCAACCACAAGCCUGGAGUCGAUGAAAAGUACCAAAAAGGGCAUGAAGAACUCGGCAACGAGUGUGGAUGACGUGGAACCCCAAGAUGUACCAGAACCUUUUCGACUGACGAAAGAGUCUUUCGGAGACCUUUCGAAGAAACCAGUGGCUGGUGACUUUGUACGGAAGGGCAUCGUCGGAGAUUGGAGGAACCAUUUUUCACCGAAACAGGUCGAGCAGAUGAAAGAGAGAAUCACUCUAAAGACGAAAGGGAGCGAUGUGAUGACUCUGUGGAAUGACGUGGAUCUCCCGUGA